ACAUGAGGCUGAGCUGCUGGAUGAAGAGCUCAACAUCUUCAUCAUGGCCAGAAACACUUCUCUGUACUUUCGCAUCGUCGAGGGGAAAAACCUGCCUGCUAAAGACGUUUCUGGAACCAGUGAUCCGUAUUGCAUCGUUAAAGUUGACAAUGAGGUCGUGGCCAGAACUGCGACCGUCUGGAAAAACUUGAAUCCAUUCUGGGGUGAAGAAUACACUCUUCAUCUGCCAAUGGGCUUCCAUACGCUCACCUUUUACGUGAUGGACGAGGACACGAUUGGUCAUGAUGAUGUCAUCGGUAAGAUCUCUCUGAGUAAAGAUGUGAUCGCAGCGCAGCACAAAGGUCUAGAUAACUGGAUAAAUCUGACCCGUGUGGAUCCCGAUGAGGAGGUUCAGGGUGAGAUUCAUUUGGCUCUGGAGCUGCAGAGAGAACAGCACAGAUCCUGCCUGAGCUGCCACAUCAUCGAGGCUCGUGAUUUGGCUCCGCGUGAUAUUACCGGCACGUCUGAUCCCUUCACCAGAAUCAUCUACAACAACCUCAGCGCUGAGACAUCGAUCAUAAAGAAGACACGGUUCCCUCACUGGGACGAGACUCUGGAGCUCUGUCUGGAUGAAGCUGAUGAAGAUGAGGGAGGAAUGGUCACGGUGGAGGUCUGGGACUGGGAUAUGGUUGGGAAGAACGACUUUUUGGGGAAGGUGGAGAUACCUCUGUCAUGUCUGCUCAGAUCUCCUGUCCUGCAGGGUUGGUUUCGACUGAUGCCGCUGGGAAACACAGAGGACAAUGCCGGAGGUAAACUGGGUGCUCUGCGCCUGAAGGUGCGUUUGGUGGAGGAGAGGAUUCUUCCAUCGGUUUAUUAUCAGCCUCUGAUGGAUCUGCUGGUGGAGGCCGUCAUUUCUCCAUCUGAGGUGGAUGAGGCGACGCCGCUGACGCUGUUGGAGGAAGUGACGACGGUGGACAGCCGGCAGGACGUUGCCAUGACGCUGGUCAAACUGUACCUGGGUCAGGGGCUGGUGGUGCCAUUCCUGGACUACCUGAACACCAGAGAAGUCCACAGCACCACAGAUCCAAACACUCUCUUCCGCUCAAACUCACUGGCCUCCAAAGCCAUGGAGCAGUUCAUGAAGGCUGUGGGGAUGCUGUAUCUGCAUGAGGUUCUGAAGCCCAUCAUCAAUCGCAUCUUUGAGGAGAGGAAAUACGUGGAGCUGGAUCCCUGCAAGAUCGACCUGAACAGAUGCAGGCGUAUCUCCUUUAAAGGCUCGGCGUCGGAGGCGGAGGUGCGGGAGAGCAGCGUUUCUGUCCUGCAGGCGUAUCUGAGCAGCAUCAUGGAGGCCAUCGUGAGCUCCGUGUCCCAGUGUCCUCCUGUGAUGAGGGUGGUCUUCAAACAACUGCAUAAACGAGUGGAGGAGCAGUUUCCAGAGCCGGAGAACGAGGAUGUGAAGUAUUUGGCCAUCAGUGGGUUCUUCUUCCUGCGUCUGUUUGCUCCUGCGAUUCUCACACCCAAACUCUUCCAGCUGAGGGAUCAUCAUGCAGACACACGCACCAGCCGGACACUAUUGCUGCUCGCUAAGGCUCUACAGAGUGUGGGUAAUCUGGGUCUUCAGCUGGGUCAUGGGAAGGAGCAGUGGAUGACCCCUCUGCAUCCCAUCAUCCUCUGCAGCGUGGCGUCUGUCAGAGACUUUCUGGACAAGCUCAUAGACAUCGAUCACGAUAACGUGUGUGAAUCUCGUCAGCGUGCUGUGUUUCUGCCGUCGGUCAUCAUGAAGGAAGGUUUCCUGCAGAAACACAAGGCUGAAGGUCCUCAGUUGCUCAAACGCUUCACUUUUAAGAAACGCUAUUUCUGGCUGAGCUCAGAGUCGCUGUCUUACGCCAAGAGCCCUGACUGGCAGGUCCGCUCCACCAUCCCCAUUGCGCAUGUGUGUGCGGUGGAGCGUGUGGAUGAAAAUGCCUUUCAGCUGCAGAACGUCAUGCAGGUCAUUACACAGGACACUGAUGGACAACUACACACCACAUACCUGCAGUGCAAGAAUGUGAAUGAGCUGAAUCAGUGGUUGUCUGCCAUCAGGAAGGUCAGCAUUUAUAAUGAACACAUGCUGCCAUCAUUUCACCCUGGAGCUCAUCCAGGAAACAAGUGGACCUGCUGCCUGCAGCCCGACCGCACAGCUUCGGGCUGCAGUCGCACUCAUUCUGCCGUAACUCUGGGCGACUGGAGCGACCCGUUAGAUCCUGACGCUGAAGCUCAGAUCAUUUAUAAAGAGCUGCUGCAGGGCCGAGACAAACUCAGGGAGCAGUACCUGGAGACACAGGAAGUGGAGUCAGCAGAACAUGAAGUGGGUCAGCCUUCAUCAGUGUGUGUUCAGGCUCGGUGCGAGCGCUCUCGUGUCCUCGCCGCUCGUCUGCUGGAUGUCGUGCUGGAUUUAGAGCGAACGCAUUCGACCUUCCAGAGCCGAGAAGCAGACGAGAGCAAAAAUCAGUUCAUCCUCAGCACACACACAUGAUGGAGAAUCUACACACAUACAUGACGGCCAAUCUACAGCACAGACUCUGCUGUACUAUUAUGCAACGUUUCUGAGUCAAACUCCGCGCACUGAUGA